AAUCUCGGUUUUUCCUGGUGGCUGUUGCACAGUAUCGCGUGGUGUCCCGAUUUGAGUGGUAAUGGUCAGCAAGCGCAAGGUUAUUGAGAGUAAUUUCUCACUUUCACCGAGUUAGAACCGAACAUAAUCAAAAUGAAGUGUUUCGCGUGCGUGCUACCUUUGUUGUGGCUCGUUGUACUCGCCGGCGAGUAUGAGGAAUACAUUGAAGGAUACGAUUUGGUUCAUGACAUCGGAGGAAUAAACCAGUGCCAUGAAGGAGUUUGGCACUUAGCGAGACUUGGUGAUGAGGUCUGCAUCAAGGGACUGGGCUGUUUCAAAUUGACAAAAGACUAUUUUCAUCCGCAAUAUCGACCUUGCAACGUGCUACCUGAACCUCGGAGUCUUAUUCACACCAAAUUUGUAUUGUUCACGAGGAACAAUAUUCACCAAGGAAAAUUCCUUGUAGCAGAUAAUGAAACCAGUAUUAGAGAAUCAGGAUUCAAUGCAAAUCAUUCCACCAGAUUCAUUAUACAUGGUUACCAGGAGAAUCCUCUUCAUGAUGCAUGGGUUUUGAUUUUGAUGAGAGAAUUCCUUAAUUACAACGACACGAAUGUGGUGAUUGUUGACUGGAGUGCUGGCAGCCAGGCACCUUAUAUCCAAGCCGUGGCUAAUGCAAGAGUUGUAGGAGCUGAGAUAGCACGGAUGGUGAAUGCUUUAAAGAAAUUCGGAAAUUUGACGACAUCUAUGCUGCAUAUCAUCGGUAAUGGGUUAGGAGCUCACGUAGCAGGCUACGCUGGACAAAGUAUUCUACCAAUGGUAUCCAGAAUAACAGGUUUAGAUCCAGCAUACAAAUACUUUUGCAACAUGCCAAUGAAUGUCCGUCUUGAUCCAAUGGAUGCUGAUUUUGUUGAUGUUAUUCAUACAGAGCUAAAGGAUUAUGAUGCCGGGCACGGAGGAUGUCACAAACUAGGCCACUUGGACUUCUUUCCUAAUGAUCAGACACCAGCAGCCCAUCAACAUUAUGAAGUUGUUGGAGAUCGCCUUAAUGCAGUUGCGUUGUUCACAUCGACAAUUCGCAACCGGACAUGUAAGAUGAUUGGAUAUUAUUGCCGAAACUACAAAGCUUUCCAAAGAGGAGAAUGUGGAGAUUGUGGCGGUGAUGGUUCAAGAUGUGCCCCAUUUGGCUUUCGAGCAGACCAAUACGAGCCUUUUAAAGAUUCGAACUUUUCUGCCAUGUAUUUAGUUGCUGGCCACUACCCAAGAUUCUGCGUUUACGAGUACCGUAUUAGAAUGCAGUUGGAGCAUAUCAAUUCGAAGCCUGAGAACCAUUCGAGAAGUGGGAACUUGUUACUGUUGCUGAGAGGUGAAAAAAAGCCGCUCUUCGUACAUCUCAGGUUCUACAGCAUGCAUGAUGGUAAAGAAUAUACUUUCCUUGUCACAUCUUCAGUAAACAUUGGAGAUGUACGAGAAGUAUCUGCGAGGUGGGAAGAACCAGGAAUUUACGAUGAACAUUUCUACUCUGGACAACCUGUCUGGAAUUUCCGAGAUUCAAACGUCAACAUUCCAAUGAUGAACAUAACAUUAUUGAAUUUUGACCCAUCUGGAGAGAAUACUGGGCCUACAGAGAUUUCGUUUUGUAAAAGCGGUGAAGUGAAUGAACAAGGCUGGAUGACGUACGUGCAGAACUGUUAGAUAUCAACUUGAGUCACCGAACUCUAACUGAAAUUAGUGUUGAAAAAGCUUUACAGGCAGAAUAUGAAAAUGAAUAUUUUGCUUCUUGUGAAAAGCUAGAUUUGUUUUGCUAGCUCUAUACUUGUGAAAUGCAAUAGUUAGGAUAAUUACUUAGCUAAUGACAGAAAAAUUCUUUUAUUUACAGAGAUUUUAUUAAUUUAAAAAUGAGGAUAGAGUUUAUUCUUACUUCUGAAUCAUUAAGAGAUGUUGUCUCCUGUAUAUAAAACUUUUAUUUUAGAAGCAUGAGAGAAAGCAAUUUUGCAUGUUUGGAGGUAGACUUAAAUGUUGCUUCCUAGACCUAUAGUGACUACAAAAAUUUAAGAUAUAAUUCCUUACAUUCAAAGUGCAAUACUUAAUUUAGAAAAAUUGAGAGAUGAUGGUCGUAAUAUAACCAAGCUUUAUGACUAUAAAUAAAUGCACAGAUAUUUGAUGAAAGAUAUAUGCUUAUAUCUAAAGGGUACUUAAUAUCUGAAAACCUAGCUCAAAGCAAAGUAGCCUGCAGAAACGUUUUGUCAGAUUGCAGGAUAGAGGCAAACGUUUAAUUAUUAGUAAAAACCAUUUAUCAAAGAUCAAAGUUUCUGGAAUUGACUGAGGAGAUUAAAUGCAGUUUUUUGGAACAUAUCAGGAUCUUAUUGUUUAUACAAAACAAAAGCACAUCACUUAAUCCAAAACGUUUAAUUUCAGUAGGACGAUGAAUGGUAGAACGGAGAUGAAUAGUAGUAAGCGUAGUGUUAUAACUGUAUUUAUUGAUUCUGUCAAGAACAAUACUCUUCAUUUAGAUAUACUGAAGGAAAAUUUUACAGAAUAUGCUACAAAAAGUUUAAGCUAAAUUGGUGGCAAUUUCAUACUACGAUGGAAAUUUCAUAUUCCAAUGAGAUAAGGACCUGAAAUUCAAUAUAACGAAAUUUUUCUACUCUAAACUACAAUCUCCUGACCAACUCUAGCAUGAAGUUUAGUGAUUUUUUUUGUCUGGGUUCAAGACAAGUUUAGAAACAUAUAAAUAAAAAGUAAGGAUUCUUUGAAAGACAUCCUGCAAGAAUAACGGGAUAAAAUAUUUAAAACUGCCAGGUAGAAUCAGUACGAUGCUGCUUAAAGGUUAUUAUAAGGGAUAAUACUUCCUUUCAUUGUUUUAAAGUAAUUAAACUCUUGUAAUCUUAGUAUUUUGAAUACAAAAUUAGCAAUUGUUUAUUAAGGUGUUUUUUUUUUCAGUUUCAAGUUAUAGCUGUUAAAAAGUGAACUAUAUAUUAGAUCUAUGAAAUAAUGUGAUACAAAAAUAGAUCUAUGAAACACCCAAAUUUUGCCUUUAGUCGGAAAUUAUUAUUAAUUUUGAAAGACCGUAUCAGUUUUUGGAAUCACUGUUAGAUUACAUGCCUGUUUUCAAAUCGUUUGUGUAACAGUCUGUUGUUUCAAAUGAUGUUUGUUGUCAACACUCUGUCGCUUUCAAACCAUCUGUAAAUUUUAACUGCUCAUUUUUUAGUAGUAUUAAUAAAUAUUUUAAAUCGGAUAUCUAACAAUCUUUUUUUUUUUUUUUUUUUUUUUUUU